GAAGCCCCCGGUUCUUUGGAUUAAUUUUUCAUGACCCCGAGGGAGCUUUUGGGAUUCCGUUUCCCCCCCCAGACUGGGAAUAUUUGUGUGGCUGCUGGUCACGGUGUCCUCGCUGCCGCCGCCUCCCCUUGGUGGAAUUCUGGCGCUCCGGGUGCGACGAUGGGGGGGCGGCAAAGGUGGUGCCUCCUUUGCCUCUGGAUCCCCCUAGCCCUGGCGGUGGAAGAAAGUCUCAUGAACACCAAGCUGGAGACAGCGGAUUUGCAGUGGACGACGUACCCACCUGUAGAUGGCCAGUGGGAAGAGCUCAGCGGGCUGGACGAGGAGCAGAACAGCGUGCGGACCUUCGAGGUGUGCGGCGUGCGCAACCCCAACCAGAACAACUGGCUGCGGACCACCUUCGUCCCGCGCUCGGGCGCCACCCACGUCUACGCCGAGCUCCGCUUCACGGUGGUGGAGUGCUUCUCCAUCCCGCAGGUCACCCGCUCGUGCAAGGAGACGUUCAACGUCUUCUUCUACGAGGCCGACUCCGACCUGGCCACGGCCAACUUCCCGUCCUGGAUGGAGAACCCCUACGUCAAGGUGGACACGGUGGCGGCCGAGCACCUGACCCGGAAGCGGGCGGGCACGGAGGCCUCUGGGAAGGUCAACGUGAAGACCCUCAGGAUCGGGCCCCUCUCCAAGGCCGGCUUCUACGUGGCCUUCCAGGACCAGGGGGCCUGCAUGGCGCUGCUCUCCGUCCGCCUCUUCUACAAGAAGUGCCCCUCCGUCACCGUCAACUUCACCCUCUUCCAAGAGACGGUGCCCAAAGAGCUGGUCAUGUCCGUGGCCGGGCAGUGCGUGGCCAACGCCGUCAAGGUCAGCUCCCGGCCGCUCAGCAUGUACUGCCGGGAGGACGGGCAGUGGGCGGAGCAAACCGUCACCGACUGCACCUGCGCCCCGGGCUACGAGCCCUCCGAGGAGAACACCAAGUGUCGAGCCUGUGCCCCGGGGAUGUUCAAAUCAUCCCAAGGGGAGGGGUCUUGCCAGCCGUGCCCCUCCUUCAGCAUUUCGCAAUUCCCGGGCUCAAACGAAUGUCUGUGCCGCCUCGGAUACUACCGGACCAAGAAGGAGCCUCUGACGAAGCCAUGCACAAAAACGCCGUCCGCCCCACGCAGCAUCAUCGCCAAGAUCAACGGCUCGGUGGCCGUCCUGGAGUGGAGCGAGCCUUUGGAAAAUGGCGGCCGGGACGAUGUGGCUUACCACGUCGUUUGCCACGAGUGCCCGGAAGGGCAAGGUUGCCGGCUCUGCUCCCGCAUGGUGUACGCCCCCAGGCCCCGGUGGCUGGUGGAGCGCACGGUCACCGUGGAGGGCCUUCAGCCCUACGUCACGUACUCCUUCCAGAUCCAGGCCGUCAACGGCGUCUCGAACCAGAGCUACAACCUGCCUCAGUCGGAAUCCAUCAAUAUCACCACCAACAAGGACGUCCCACAGCCUGUUUCUGAGGUCCACCCCACAUCGGUGAGUCCCAACGGGGUGUCCUUGUCGUGGCCUCCCAUCCAGCCCCCCACCGGGAGCAUCUUGGAUUACGAAGUCAAAUAUUAUGAGAAGGGCGUCGGGGGCCCCAUGUUUGAGAAGACCUCUGUGAACCGGGUGUCCCUGACUGGCUUGCGUCGAGGGGUGGUGUAUGGCGUUCAGGUCCGUGCCCGGUCCGAGGCCGGCUACGGAGGCUUUGGGCCUGAACGGGCCUUCCAGACGCUGGGGGCCGAGUCGGGAAGCAGCACGGAGAAGCUGGCGCUCAUUGUCGGCACGGCGGCCUUGGGGGCGCUGCUGGUCCUGGCGGUGGCCGUCGUGGCCGUCGUCUGCCUGCGGCGCCAAGGUUCCUCCAGGUCGCGUGAGCCGGAAUACUCGGACAAGCCUGGGCAAUAUCUGAUUGGCCACGGCACCAAGGUCUACAUCGACCCGUUCACCUACGAGGAUCCAAACGAGGCCGUGCGGGAAUUUGCCAAAGAGAUCGAUGUCUCGUACGUCAAGAUCGAGGAGGUCAUUGGUGCAGGUGAGUUUGGGGAGGUGUGUCGCGGCCUGCUGAAGGUGCCCGGGAAGAAGGAGAUCUACGUGGCCAUCAAGACGCUGAAAGGGGGCUACACGGAGAAGCAGCGCCGCGAAUUCCUCAGCGAGGCUAGCAUCAUGGGCCAGUUCGAGCACCCCAACAUCAUCCGCCUGGACGGCGUCAUCACCAACAGCGUGCCCGUCAUGAUCAUCACGGAGUUCAUGGAGAACGGGGCGCUGGACUCCUUCCUGCGGUUGAACGACGGCCAGUUCACGCCCAUCCAGCUGGUGGGCAUGCUCCGAGGGAUCGCGUCCGGCAUGCGCUACCUCUCUGACAUGAGUUACGUGCACCGGGAUUUGGCCGCCCGGAACAUCCUGGUGAACAGCAACCUCGUCUGCAAAGUUUCCGAUUUCGGGUUGUCUCGCUUCCUUGAAGAGAAUUCGUCUGACCCCACCUACACCAGCUCCCUGGGCGGGAAGAUCCCGAUCCGGUGGACGGCCCCAGAAGCCAUCGCCUUCCGCAAGUUCACCUCCGCCAGCGAUGUUUGGAGUUACGGCAUCGUGAUGUGGGAAGUGAUGUCGUUCGGAGAGAGGCCCUACUGGGACAUGUCCAACCAGGAUGUGAUCAAUGCGAUUGAGCAAGACUACCGGCUGCCGCCCCCUACGGACUGCCCCACGUCACUGCACCAGCUGAUGCUGGACUGUUGGCAGAAGGACCGGAACGCCCGGCCCCGCUUCGCCCAGAUCGUCAGCUCUCUGGACAAGCUGAUCCGGAACCCGGCCAGCCUCAAAAUCGUCUCGCGGGGCAACGGAGGGCCGUCGCACCCACUCCUGGACCAGCGGCUCCCGCACUACUCCUCCUUCGGGUCCGUGGGCGAAUGGCUCCGAGCGCUCAAGAUGGGCCGCUACGAAGACAAUUUCGCCAACGCGGGAUUCACCUCCUUCGAGCUGGUCAGCCAAGUCUCAGCCGAAGAUCUGCUCCGAAUCGGGGUGACUUUGGCCGGGCACCAAAAGAAGAUCUUGACCAGUGUGCAGAAUAUGCGCGUCCAGAGCAAAGCCGGCCCGUCGGUGGGGGCCAAAGGAGGACAUUACUGACCCCGAGGCUGCGAGGGGCGAGAAUCCAGUUUAACCUGUCCGGGGGCUUCCAGCGACCAGGAACCCGGCUCUGGAGAUGUGGCCUCCUGACGUGGGACAGCCGCUCCCAUCCGCCCCCCCCCCCCCCCGGCCUGAAUAAGCCUCCCUCUUUCACGUUCCUCCAAAUAUCUUCUGCAUGGGAAGAGGCUGCCGAGAUAUUUUCAUUCUUAAGACUGGCUCAAGGGAGAUCGUAGAUUUGCUGGCGGAGGAGAGAGGCAGUUUCCAGUCAAGUUAUCCAAGGGCCGCGUCUCGAUGGAGGAUUUGUUCUCUUUUCAAGAUGGCUGCCAAAGCCCUCCGGGUCUUCCGGCCCCGGCCCUGUCGUUUGGGUCUCUCCUUUUGUGGGUUGAUGAACCUCCCAAGGGCGCCUGUGCCUUCUCGUAGUCUUCCAAACCCUCAGGAUACUGGAAAUGCCAAAGAUGGCCUCACAUUUGCCAGUUCCCCAGAUGGCAGCUCUGUCACAAAAUGGCCGCCCUUCUGUUGUCUUCAGGAAUGGCUGCUCCAUUCGUUGAAGACGCCAAGGUGGGCGCUGUGCUGGAAUGUACAUGGGAGGGAAGGGGGAAAUUCUUUUGCUGUUUCCAUGGACUGCCUGAUUUCCAAGAUGGCCAGCCAGUGCAGGGACACUCAAGUUUAGCAGUUUUACAUUUCUGAAAUGGAGGUUGCGGGUUUCCUGUACCACUCUGCCAUCUUUUUUUUUAACCUUUGCCUCACCGGAGUGGUGCCCUAUUUGGAGAACAGGUAUGGGAUAAUCACCAGCGGCCUUAUAAAAUUUGUCGCCCAUCCUUUUGAGGCGAUGGGAGGGUCGCCACCCGCUGUCAGAUGAAUGGGGAGUCUUUCUUGAAGAGAAACUGUCCUAUUCCGCUAUGAUGGUGGGUGGGUGGGAUGGAGCUGGGGUUUCCAUACCCCUGAGGGUGCAGCCCCGAACUCUCCAUGGCCCAAAAGCCAAAGAAUGACUGACGCCGGCACGUUGUGGCACUUGGCAAUGUUGCCGGCACAAGCGUGGGACUUUUAGAUGAUGUCAUAUCCGUGCAAAGCGGGAGUAAACUUGCAGCUGUGUGAUGUCAUCAGGAGCAGGAGUGACAGCAUAACCUCUCUGCCUAAUGAUACUGGAGCGAGAAGCUUUAAUAGAAAUGCCCCGAAUAUGGGAUGAACCAUUGUGACGAUAUAACCGUUUGACAAUCAGAAAACACUGCACUUUCUGAUGAUAUCAUUCAUUGUGAUGAUGUCACAGGAGAGGAAAAAAGUGAAGCUUUGGAUUGUGGAUACUUCAUGUUGCUUUUAAGGGCGUUGGCCGAUGGCGUGUGAGACCAAGAGUAGCUUGGAGAAGACUAAGGAUUUCCCGGGCACUGGACUGUGAUGUCAUUGCAGUGUGACGGCAGAGCCCUGUCGUUCCCGCUGUGAUGUUUAGCUGUGAUGUCAUCUCUGUGUGACUGCUGCACUGGGAUAGUGGGAUGCAACUUGCAGGGGCGCUAAAGCUAGUGAAAGGAGAUUUCUAGUUUCACUCUUAAUGACAUCAAAACAAUAUGCCUCUGGAUAAAGCGUGGGCGCUGAUAGAUGAUGUCAUAGGAACAGGCCUGUGAUGUCAUAACAGCGCUGCUUCUUUUGUAUCAUGUCUUUAACCUUCAUAUUGAAGGUGGUGAUGUUGCUUUUUAUUAAAAAAAAAUGUAUCUUAUAAACCAAAA